CCCUAACCCCCACCAGCCUACUCGCCCAGCAUGGGAGUCGGCGACACCAUCCUCAAGCAUCUCAAGGACCCGUCCAAGAUCGGGCAGAGCAUGGAGCGUCUGGCCGUCAGCGUCUCCAACACUGUCAACCCGAACCACCGGCACGACGAAGAGCACGAGAAGGCCGCCGACGCUCAGCGGCAGGCCAUCUGCGACUCGCACCGCUUCCAGAGCUUUGCGCGCGUGCGCCAGAACAAUGCGGCAAAGUGGUACUCGAGCGGCCACGACUACUUCUGGGCGCUCAGCGAGCUGCUCGAGUCGGCCGAAGAGACGAUCUUCAUCCUCGACUGGUGGCUCACGCCGGAACUGUACCUGCGCCGUCCGUCGCAUCUGCAUGAGGACUUCCGUCUGGACCGCAUCCUGAAGCGCAAGGCUGAGCAGGGCGUCGCCAUCCGCAUCGUCGUGUACAAGGAGGUCACAGAGACGAUGACGAUGUCCAGUGCGCACACCAAGCAUUAUCUCGAGGACCUGCACCCGAACAUCCAAGUCUUCCGCUCUCCCGAUCACCUCGGCGGCGAGAUCACGCUCUUCUACAGCCAUCACGAGAAGCUGGUGUGUGUGGACAACGCCAAGGCCUGCAUCGGCGGUCUCGACAUCUGUUUCGGCCGGUGGGACACGCAGCUGCACCCGCUGUCCGACUGCCACCCUUCGGACAUUCUCGGACGCACGCUCUUCGUGGGACAGGACUACAACAAUGCGCGAGUGGAGGACUUCCAGCAGGUCGACAACUGGGCGGCCAACAAGCACUCGUCACUGGUCAUGGGCCGCAUGCCGUGGCAGGACGUGCACGUCAUGCUGCACGGCGUGGCGGCGCUCGACGUGGCGCAGCACUUCAUUGAGCGGUGGUGCUUCCUCAAGGAGCUGAAGUACAAGCGCGACAAGACGUAUUCGCUCAUCAGCUUUCCCAACGGAGCUGAGAACCUCGACGACGUCGACGAGGACGACGACGCCGUGGCGCGCCACCCCUUCACGACGCGCUUCCACUCCAUCGGCGAGCACUUCAAGCACCCGUGGCACCGCGAGCGCCGCGCGCUGCAGGGGCCCGAGGGCGAGGAGGGCGGCGGCACGGUGGACAUCCAGGUGCUGCGCUCCAGUGCCGACUGGAGCACGGGCAUUCUGACGGAGCACAGCAUCCUCAACGCGUACCAGCAGCUCAUCACCGAGGCAGUGCACUGCAUCUAUAUUGAGAACCAGUUCUUUAUCACCACAACCGAGGCGGACGCACGCGUGAGCAACACGAUCGGCGCCAGCAUUGCGGCACGCAUCAUCAUGGCCGCGCGUGCUGGAAAGCGCUUCAAGGUCGUCAUCGUCAUCCCAACGAUUCCCUGCUUCGCCGGCACGCUCGACGCUGCAGCGGGCAUCCGCACGAUCAUGAACUUCCAGUACAAGUCCAUCUCGAGAGGGCCACACUCGAUCAUGGAGGUCGUCAGGGCGGCGGGUUACGAUCCGGCAGAGUACAUCAGCUUCUACAAUCUGCGCUCGUUCGACCGACUUCCUCUCGCCUCGGCUCGGCAGGCCGAGGAGAACAGCGGCAUCUCGUACCACGCGGCACAGGUCGCCGCUGCGCGCGUGUACCUCGGCGAAGAGGGCGCGGCGAAGCAGCGCAUUGCCAUCAAGGUGCCUGCGACGCCCGAGUCGAUGCUGGACAAGGACGGCAAGACGAAGACGGUCGCCGUCGAGGAGGUCGACAUGCCUGCCAGCAUCGAGGAGGCAGAGGACAUUAUCCGCAGGUACGGCGAGGGCGUGCCCGAGGAGAGCCUGGACGUGCGCGACUCGGUCGCGUCGUGCUUCCUGCACGGCCAGCCGGAUCUCCGCGAAGAGCCGUGGAACGGCACGGAGGAGGAAGAGAAGCGCGCCUUUGUCACGGAGGAAUGCUACGUGCACAGCAAGUGCAUGAUCAUCGACGACCGCAAGGUGCUCAUCGGCUCGGCCAACAUCAACGACCGCAGCCAGAUGGGCAACCGCGACUCGGAGAUCGCGUGCGUGCUCGAGGACCGCGACCUCUUUGAGUCGACCAUGAACGGCGAAAAGUACAUGGCCGGGCGCUUCGUCGCCUCAUUCCGCCGCCACCUCUUCCGACAGCACCUGGGCCUCGUGUCGCCGCAGGAGUGCACGCCUGAGAGUGGCGAGCCCACGGACGCAAUGCGCCCUGCGCCGCACCCCAACCCCGAUCCCGAGGCGAUGGCGCAGGAGGAAGAGUGGGAGGCGCUCGUCGCGGACCCGCUCUCGGAGGAGCUGGAGCAGAUGUGGAAGGGCCAGGCGCGCACCAACACGGCGGUCGCCGACGACCUGUUCCAGGUGGUGCCGAGCGACAGGGUGCGCGACUGGCCGCAGUACGACGACUUCUUCGUCUGCCGCGGCCCCGACACGGGCCACAUUGCGCACCAGGCGGACAAGUCAAUCGACGAGAUCAAGCACCGCCUGUCGGAGGUGCGCGGACACCUGAUUGAGAUGCCGCUGCUGUUCAUGGACCAGGCGAAGGACUUUGAGCGCACCGACCUGAGCACGAGCAAGCAGCUGCUAGACCUGUACAUCUAAGCUCUCCUCUGUCCCUCUUUCUUUGAUACCUCCAAACGCGUGCCUUUCACGCGCAGACUCGGCCCUUCUGGCGCAGCGAGCCGCAAUGCAAUUAUGAUCAGAGUGACUCGCGGGGCGAGCAUGCACUCACGCGAAGCCACUCGACCAGGGUCG